CUCGGAGCACAUUUUGUAACGUUCUAUGCCAUGUGAGUAUAUGUGACGUGUGGUAGUGUGAGUGCGUAAAAAAAUGAAGAACCGUACGAAUUUGAAAGUGAAAAGGAGUAUGGAGAGAAGAUAAGAUCACUCGUUAGUGCGUGCAACACUGUUAAUUAGUUGUUGCAUCAUGUUCUUAUCCAUCCACACGACAGAUUGACCGUGACACGUUUGAUGCUAACCGCGACACACCCAAGUGGUACGGUUGCACCGAUGCGCACUGCUCCAAGGCCAAGCUAGCUCAUCAACCAGCAGGCAGCAGCAAACGAUGGAACCGCCGCCCGCCGAGGGCGACGUGCAUGACCGGCAGCGACGGGGAGGUGAUCCAACAGACCCCACGGCGCUGGCGAGGGCGCCGGUGGUGUCGCUGCGGCCGCUGGGCCUGGCGGACGCGGACGCCUUCAUGGCGUGGGCGUCGGACGACCGCGUGAUGCGGUUCCUGAAGCGGCCGCUCUGCGCCACCCGGGAGCAGGCCGUGGCGCAGAUCAGGGACACCGUGCUGGGCCACCCGUGGUUCCGCGCCGUCUGCGUCGGCGACGGCGGCGGCCGCCCCGUGCCCGUGGGGCAGGUCUCCGUGUGGCCGUACGCCGACGAGGGCGGCCGCCGGGCCAACCUCGGCUACGCCCUGGCGCGGGACCACUGGGGCCGGGGCAUCGCCGCCGCCGCCAUCGUGCAGGUGGUGGGGAGGGUGUUCGACGACCUGCCGGGGCUGGAGCGGCUGGAGGCGGUGACGGACGUGGACAACGCGCGGUCGCAGCGGGUGCUGGAGAAGGCCGGCUUCCGGAGGGAGGGGCUGCUGCGCCGCUACAUCGCCGGCCGCGGCGGCGCCCAGGCCAGGGACGCCGUCAUCUACAGCUUCCUCUCGUCCGACCGCGCGUGCGCCACUCCAGCACCUGCGGACAGCAUGGGACAGGGCUUCAUCUGCGGAUGAUGGAGGCCUGAAACAGAGAUGCCUGGUUCGAUGGAUCAUGAUUCCUUGAAGUGAAUCGUGGUAGCCCGGCAGAGUUGUAAUGGUAGAAUGGUGGAAUUUCGCCCUGAAUGUUGCGGAAACAGCCUAGUAGUACUAAAGACUGCAGAAUUUUUAUGGCAAAUAGAUUGAUUGAUUGCUCAAAGACCUUCUUUUUA